AUGUAUGUUUACUGUAUGAAGGAUUCCCCUCUGCUGCUGCUGCUGCUGGAGGUGUACAAAUUGUGCAUGGACUACAAAAUCUACCACGAAGCCCAAGCCAGGCUCCUUGCAUUCCAAGCCAGCAUUUCAGAAGAGCUGGGCUGUUCCUUCGGUGAGAUCUCCGCCCAUGAUUCUGAGAAGCUGCUUCGGGUGAUCCUGUCCUCCCAGCAGCCAGACAGGGGCAAGAAGACCCAGGCCUUCCUCACCACCCAGGGGCUGGAGCCAGAGAUGGUGGCGGAGCUCGUGGCUGAGGAAGUCACCCGAGAAGUGCUGGCGCCUUUGCAAGGAAAAGGGGAAAAGCAAGUCUUAAAUCCAGCAGAGGAGAGCGAGGCGUUCCUGCAGUUGGCCAAACUGUGCCAGGACCCCACCCUGGUUGGCGUGAAGCUAUUGGAUAAAAUUUCAUCUGUCCCUCACGGGGAGCUUGCCUGCACUACAGAGCUCCUGAUCCUCGCCCAUAAUUGCUUCAGCCUCACGUGUCAUCUGGAAGGGAUUAUUCGCGUUCUCCAAGCUGCCCGAACGCUCACGGAUGAACACUUAGCACCCAGCGGAGAAUACGGCCUUGUUCGACUUCUCACUGGCAUCGAGAUGACCUACAUCUUUGACUUGCUGCAUGAGAAGCACCACUUUGAGGUGCUAAUGAGAAAGACGUUGCACCCGAGCGGGACCCUCAAGACGGCGCUGCUGGACUACAUCAAGCGCUGCCGCCCAGGAGACAGCGAGAAGCACAACAUGAUCGCCCUCUGCUUCAGCAUGUGCCGGGAGAUUGGGGAGAACCACGAGGCGGCAGCCAAGGUCCAGCUGAAGCUCAUUGAAUCCCAGCCUUGGGGUAAAUUGCCGCUCGUCCCGGGGAGCCCCGGGCGGGAGCCACCCGGACCUGGAAACGGUGGGAUGUCUGAGGUGUUCGAUCUCAGAGAACCUGAGUGUGCGAGGUGGAUUGUACAGGUGAAGGUGACCCCGCGGGCAGCCUGGACCCAAACCAAGGCUGUCCUGUUGCAGAUCAACCUGAGCCAGAAGAGCCUGCUGGAAUGUGCCAUGUCCCUGCCCAGGUUCUACCCGGCGGCAGUCGUGGCUGAGGCCUAUGACUUCGUUCCGGACUGGGCUGAAGUCCUGUAUCAGCAAGUGAUUGUAAAGGAGGACUUCAGCUACCUGGAGGAGUGCAAGCAGCGUGGCCUGCUCAAGGCGAGCACCUUUGAGGAAAUGGCCCAGGAGUUCAAGCAGCGUGCAGGCAAUGAACCGGCUCUAAAAAACCUGAAGAAGCUGUUGACCUAUUGUGAUGAUAUCGAUGUGUAUUACAAGCUAGCUUAUGACAACCAGUUCUACGACGUAGUGAACAUGCUUCUGAAGGAUUUCCACAUUGGCAAGAACACACGUGAAAUAAUAAAAUGGUUCUUUGCUUUCUGACCUACAUUGAUAGUGGAGGAAUGUCUCAAAGGUGCAAAGGUGAUCUUAGGACUUUGCACUGCUUUUAGGUCUAACUUUUGUGUCAUUAAACUUUAUUACUAAAUUUAUUAUUCGGGUUAUGAACGGAACAGCGGAGUCUUAAAAGACAGAGGCUACAAUCCUGUUGUAGAACUCAGUUAAAUUUUACUGAUCGUAUUGCUUCGUGACUCCUCUGUCUCAAAGUUACAUUUCUCCCAAAUCAUUUUAAAUUCCUUUUACUGUAUGGUGGUUAAAACUACUGUUAAGCCAAGAGCAAGUAACACAUUGGCCAAAUGUCAACGCCAGAUUCAGGUUGUCUCUGGCCAGCGCAGUGUUGAAGUCCAGCGCACAUGCAACAUUUACACAUGCGCACCCUUCAGCCCUUAUUUGCCAACCGUGAAAUUCCCCCAGCAAUUCAUCUCAGAUACAAGGGAAUUGAAAUAACACUUUUUCCAAGGAGAUACAACAGAAAGAAAUCAUGUAAUUUUGUUUUAUUU